AUGGUUAGGAGUGGGGAUUUAGCAGGUGCUCGCAAGGCUGUUGAGGCGGGGGCUUUGGGGAAGAGAAGUCAAUUCUUUGACAGUGAGCUUCUUGGUUUGGCUAUACAUUCUGGGAAUGAGGAGAUUGUGGACUUGUUGUUGAAGAGUGAUAUGAGAUCAGGUCCUGAGAGGUUGUCUUGGCUGGUUUCGAAAUGUGGAAGGGAAAGUGAUAGCGAAGGCCAAAGCGAAGGCGAAAGCGAAGUCGAAGACCAAGAAAGCAAGGGCAAGGACAAGGACAAACGACAAUACCGAUUUCAUCGUUGGUCAUCCUUGGCCAUGGCACUAAUGCAUGGCAACGAGGCUGUGGCGCGAGUCCUGAUCAAACACAUAAAAACGUCACUAGAACAAAAGGACCGCGUAUCAACACAGCUCCACAUCUCGGAGAAUGAUGAAACGCCCUUGCAACAGUUGCAUAGACUGGGUAUCAUCCCAAACAAGGACGGGGCACGAGAACUGCUCAAAAAUGCAGCUGCCGAAGGCGAUCUGGCCACUGUGAAAUUAUUCAAAGAGCACUUCCCAGUGGGACCAAAUGACAAUGAAACAUGGCCUUUUAGACACAGAACGCCUUUAGUCCAAGCAGCAGUGAACGGCGAGAUGGAAGUCUUGAAAUACUUGCUCAGCGCCGGCCUUGACCCCAACUCUGAUCGCUCCUCGCCAGACAAAACUCCCUUGUACUAUGCAGCGCGCUAA